UGACAAGGCGAAAUAUAAAAAGUAAAAUUUCUUACAGUCUCUGAAAACUUUUGUGGAAUUAAAUUUCAAUGCGAACUUGGCAAAAAGCGCGAACGGUUGGAUAGUAAAAAUGCAAAUUGUCUGCAAGUUGGGCAACAAAAUACUUCUCAUUUGUGUGCUUCUAGGGAUCUUAACAAUAGUUGGCGGCCAGCUUUUUUCCUUGAGUGUAGCUCCCAAGAAGUGUCAUGAUGUGUGUCCCAUGGGAUAUCGGGUUGUGUGCGCCCUGGACGUCCUAGAUGGCUGCCUCAGAUCAUUUGCCAGCAGUUGUGUGAUGCGAAUGUACAACUGCAAGUACCAGAAGGAUUAUCGCAUAAUAGCGGAGAGGGCAUGUGAAUUUAUCAGUAACGACGAACUUCUAGGGAUGGACAUCUAGCGGCGAAAUAUGAAAGCUGCUUGGUGCUGUUGUCUGCGGCCAGAGGGCGCCAGCUGUCAACGGCGCACGCGUCGUAUACGCGAUGCAAGGCGCAGGGAAUUGCGCGUGGAUGCGAACGGGCAGGAUAUAUACCAGCAGCGAGCAGUGCUGUAUUUAUGUGUAACUCUCAACUCUCUAGGCACGCGUCACGUCACCUCCGCGAACGAAAAUCGCCAGUUUUCCUCCGUUAUUUUCCCGGAAAAUCCAUCCUUUUUGUACGCCAUCGUUACUGUUUUAAAUCGCACUAAUAAAUUAUUAUAAAUCGUAGUUUAAGUGUUAACGCCUAGGCCAAGAGUGUUUUGUUUGUGGCAGUGAUAUUCAACCGAAGAAGUUGGGAAAAGUAAAAAGUCAAAGCUGUUGGCCACAAGUCAAAAAUUGUUUGGGCAGGCAGGAGCAGCACAAAG